AUGCCCCUCUGGCAAAUAUACCAUCCCCCAGGGACCUUUACCACUUCAACGGAAAAGGAAGCCUUUUCCAAAGCCAUUACGGAAAACUACACAUCCGUCGGCCUCCCCGCCUUCUAUGUUGUUGUCCAAUUCCACGAACUGGACCCUGAAAACGUCUUCGUGGGCGGCGAUCAACGGUCCAAAACAGCCAAGCCCUUCGUCCGGAUAGUCGUCGCCCACAUCGCCAUCCGUCUGCCAGACGCCGACGAAUCAUACGCCCGGGUCACCGCCAGUAUCGACCGGGUGCUGAAGCCCCAUGUACUGGACAAAGGCGUGUUGACUAACGGCAAUUAA